AGAAAUACAGUUUAGUUCAAAAUAAUACUGGUUGUAAGUUGUAGCUAAAAUAAGCUACAUAGAUUCGCUAUUUCUUUAUUUAUUUCAGCCGUGAUUGUUACAAAAGUUGGGAUAUAUAAAUGUCGGCGGAGAAGGCCUUAUUGGGGGAUGAGUAUUCCACGUUCAGCCGUGAUAACGUCCACGAGACGGGAGCGUGUCUUAACCACGAUAUAAUUGAACACUUGUGCAAAUAUCUUGGAACUAUGGACAUAAAGACGUGCCGACUGGUCUCCUCGGUUUGGAAUUACGGAUCCACUCUUGCUCUAAAAGCCAGAACAAAUAUCAGGUUUCAACUAUCGCCAAAAAAUUGCAAAAAUUCCGUCCCACUUUCCCAAAAUUCAGGGGGCUGGGAUAUUUUGAACGUCAUAGAAAAACUCAAGUUCUGCCCUGUCAAUGUCUGUCUAUUGGUUCCAUUUAACUCCGACGACACUCUAGCACCCCCAGAUUUCUCAUUAUUUCCAGAAACUAACAAUUUCAAGUCAAUUUGUGUCGAGCUUCCGCACGGGAAUCAGUAUCGUUGGCAGGCUGAAUUAGUUGCACAAUUAAUCCAGUCGUCGUCCACGACUUUAAAGGAAUUAGAAUUUGAUUGGGCGGAAAACGUGGAUUUCCUGGAUUUCCCCUCAUUUGGGGACACCAUCUUCCCAAAACUGGUAAAGUUAACGGUAGAAAACAAGUUUGAUGAGGGUGCUGUUGAGCGAGUUUUCCAAGCGAUUACGACAUCAUUCCCGAACCUGCAAUAUCUCGUGACGGAAUGCAAGUACUUUGUUGAAAUUGUGGAAGAAGGACUAUUACCAAAUUUGCCACAGUCCCUCAACUGCCUAAACUUAUACGGAAACAUUACCCCAGAUCGGAUGGAAUCCCUCCUGAAAAUUCCUGCCGGUUUGAAGAAAUUUACCUUCGGGGGUUUUAACCCAGUUUUCCUUCAACUUGACGAUGAUGAUGAAGAAGAUGAGCUGCAAACUAUUUUAUAUAAAUUAUUAAAGAAGCAGGCCCCCACAUUGGAAAAAUUUAGUGUCGGCAUUGUCUGGUGGGAUAGAGCGGAAAUGGAGAUUGAGUGGAAAUUUCCAAUAUUUCCCUUCGUGAAGAAACUUUACAUCGACUUUUCUAGAAUGCAAACCAGAAUUGUAUUCGAAACAAAACUAGAAUCUGGAGAUUUUCGACCGAUUAAUUACGCUGAAUGUUUCCCAGUCUUGGAAUUCAUAAAUUGCGCGAUCCCGGAGGAGUCCUGGGUGGAGUCAUUUCUUCCUUCGAAGGGUAAUUGUCAGGUUGUGACGUCUGUGAGGAAAGUUGAUGUCACAAUUUAUGCAGAUUAUGGAGAAGGAGAACUACACACCAAGAUAUAUGAACAACUUUGGGAUAUGUUUCCAAAUGCGAGAGAUUUUAUAAUAAUACGUAGAACAUAAGCCUGUCCAAGGACAGGUUCUAGACUCCUUUUGGGGGGUGUUCGCAAAGCGAAAAAUCUGUCAAACUACAUUGAAUAAUUCCCAGUGGAGACUUUGUCCGUUGUCAUACUAAAUAAUGAUGUUAUUGUUAGUUCCAUAGUGAGCUUGUUUAAGUCACGGUGCAAUUUUAUUUUCGCCUGUAGUCGUGUCUGCUUUGCAUUAAAUACACUUACAUAAACACCUAACGAUUAGGAUGGCUAAAUAAUUAAAUACUUUGAUCCCCAUGGUAUGGAAAGGGUCACAUAUGUAGCAAACUUUAAUUUCCAUUGCGUGGAAGUGACUGCAAAAAUACACACCAUAAAUUUAUAAUGGAGGGGUGGUUGCAUUAGAAAGAUAAACUUAAAUUUCUAUAAAAAUAUGUAUGUAUCUGUACGUAUAUUUUAUUUCUCGUAUUUAUAACUACUGCUGGUCUGUUUAUUACCAUGAGCAUCAGCAUACCCGGGUUAAAUGUUUCUUUUAAUAAAUACCUAUUCAUACUAUUGUAUUGAGCUACAAAAUGAGUAGGGAUUGAAAAAAUAACCAGGAUAUGCGUGAUCAUGGAGAGAGAAAUAAGUAAAAAGCCUCGCUUAUGUACUAGAAGUAAUAGUUACAAUUGUAGAAGGAAAAUUUUUAUAAACCAAGAUUUUUGCAAUUAAUCCUUGGCACCGGGAUUAUUACACUGUUAACCGGUAUUAUUCGUAAUUAAGGUAAUCUAAAUAUUCUUUAUUAAUUAACUUCUAAAGAAUUUUAGAAAAGCAUAACAAUUUUCUGUUAAAAUACAAACUUUAUUAUCAUUCUUGGAAUAAUUUGUUAAUUUAAACAUAUGUAAUAAAGACUCGAGGUGUA